UUUGCCAAUUCCUCUAACAAUAUGCUGCGUACAAUCAAACCCAAGAAUGCUCGAUCAAAGAGAGUUUUGAGAAGCCGAGAAUCAAAAGUUGAAGAGAAUGGCAAGACUGCCAUCUUUGUUCGUGGAUCACAGACCAGUCAAAUCGUCAACGAUGCUUUGAAGGAUUUGUAUUUGCUUAAGAAGCCUGAUGCUGUUAAUUUCACAAAGAAAAAUCAAAUACAUCCUUUCGAAGACGAUAGCAGUUUGGAGUUCUUUUCACAAAAAAACGACGCUUCAUUGCUUGUUGUUGGUACUCACUCCAAGAAGCGACCACACAACCUGGUGUUCGCCCGUAUGUUCGAUCACCAAAUCAUGGAUAUGAUGGAGCUUGGCAUAGAGUCAGCGACAGCUAUGAGCCAGACCAAGGGCUCUAAAUGUGCAGUCGGCAUGAAGCCUUUGAUGGUUUUCAACGGAGAACUUUUCGACACAAACGAAAACUAUAAGAACCUCAAAAAUUUGUUUACCGACUUUUUCCACGGUCAAAGCAUCGAUGCCAUCAACUUGACUGGUCUUGAGCACGUUAUUACAGUCACCGCUGCACCACUUGAGGGAAAGAAUGCUGGUCUCAUCUACUUCCGAGUAUAUACAAUUCAAUUGAAGAAGAGUGGUGCCAAAACUCCAAGAAUUGAACUGGAAAAUAUGGGUCCCUCAUUGGACUUUAAGAUGCGACGAAUCCAAUUGCCCAAGGCUGAAUUAUGGAAGGUUGCUACCAAGGUUCCCAAGGAAUUGAAGCCAAAGAAGGUCAAGAAUGUUGAGAAGGACGAAAUGGGCGACGUUUUCGGACGUAUUCAUCUUGGUGAUCAGAACUUGGAGAAGAUUCAAACCAGAAAGAUGAAGGGUUUGAAGAAGCGAGGUACUGAAGACGACGAAGAUGAAUCUGAGCCAUCUAAGAAGGCAAAAGUGGAUGAAGAUGAAGAGUAGAUCCACAAACACCCCCUUUAAAUCUUAUUUCUUUCACUCACAAUGCUAAAAUACCACACGCUCGUUCAUGUACAACGCCUUGUCAUUUUUUCAUCUCACUCUCUUUAAAAAUUUCACUAUACAUUUUUUCAUUCAUUAAAAGUAAUAG